UAUAUAAAUUGCAAAUAACAAAACACUAAAAAUUUAAUUAUAAAUCAGAAAUUAAAAAAAUAAUAAUUAGCAAUCUCUGGUUUCACUUUCUCAAAAAGCUUAAUAGCUUUCCAGAAUGGGAUUCAAUAAGGUUUUUCAAUGCUUGCUGGAUAUAUUUCCGCAGGUCGAUUCUCGUAUUCUAAAAGCUGUUGCUAUUGAGAACUCUAAGGACGUUGAUGCAGCUGCUGAGAUUGUUCUGUCUGAGAUUAUACCUUACCUAUCUAAACGAACCGCGGUUGCUAGUUCUUCCUUGCAGAACCAGAGUCAUCGAAUUGAAUCAAAUGAAGAUGCGGCUAUAGAAGAGGAAGAAAGCAAUCAGUUGAGGCAGCGAAAGGUAUCAGCUGGAAAAGGAACAAGCUCUUCUACAGAACCGUUGUUGGAAACACGUGAAGUUGUCGGAGACACUUGUCUUACUGAUUCUUCCAGCAAUGUGGAUUCUCUUGAGGCACAAAAUGCAGCAACUACUUCAAAAUUCCACGACAACAAUAAUAACGAGGCUGCUGAUAUUGAAACUGAGGAAUUGAUUUUGUUGGGGAAUACUGAAAUUCAGAAAAGUAAUUCUAGUUUCAGCUGGAAUGCUUCAGAGGUCGAUAAUUCUUUGCUAUAUGCAAAUCUUGAAACUAAGGAGUUAGGUUCAUCAAGUCAAGACCGAACCACAGACAUUGAAGAUGGGUUUCUGAGGACGCCACAGGUUUCCCCAUUCACCUCGGCUGAUGAUACGGCCCCGCUUUUGGAGAAUGACAGCAGUAAUGAUAAGUUAAAUUUUGAUGGACCCGUGGAUUUGAAUGAAGAUUUAUGCAGAAGCAGUUCAUUCAAUGGAACCAUGGUAGGUGAAGAAAAUGCUGUGAGCAUGCUGGUUCUGUCAUACUCUCAAGAACAAUUGCCAGAAAGUUUUGUAGGGCUUAAAUCCCAGCAGGGUUGCAUUGGUGAAAUGAGUGAUGUUGAGGAUGAGACCUUCAAUGCUGUUGUUAGUAGAUCAAGUCAAACAUGUAGAAUUGAUCUACUCGAAGAGAUCAUUGAAGAUGCUAAAGAUAACAAGAAAAUUUUGUUUCAGACCAUGCAAUCGAUUAUGAACUUGAUGAAAGAAGUUGAACUUCAAGAGGCAGCUGCCGAACAAGCAAAAGAGGGAGCUGCAAGGGGGGGCAUGGAUAUUCUCGUCAAGGUGGAGGAACUUAAACAGAUGCUGCCACAUGCAAAGGAAGCAAAUGACAUGCAUGCUGGAGAAGUAUACGGCGAGAAGGCAAUCCUAGUCACUGAAGUAAAAGAGCUUGAAAAUCGCUUGCUCAGCUUGUCAGACGAAAGAGACAAAUCUCUUGCUAUUCUUGAUGAGAUGCGUCAAACCCUCGAAGCUCGACAAUCUGCCGCACAAGAGUUGAUGAAAGCAGCAGAGCAGGAAAAGCUGGAAAAAGAAGAAUCUGCUCGUAACGCUCUUGCUGAACAAGAAGCCAUUAUGGUGAAAAUGGUCAAAGAGUCCAAGAUUCUAAGGCAGGAGGCAGAAGAAAAUUCCAAGUUACGUGAGUUUCUUAUGGACCGUGGCCAGAUUAUUGACUCACUACAAGGAGAAAUAUCUGUUAUUUGCGAGGAUAUAAGGUUGCUUAAACAGAAGUUCGAUGACCGUAUUCCAUUAAGCAAAUCAAUAUCCUCAAGCCAAACCAGCUGCAUCCUGGCCUCAUCCGGUUCAUCUCUGAAAAGCAGAUCAUCAGAUCUUGGUUCCGGCCAAUGGGAAACAGCUAAAACACCGGAAAAAAGAAGCCCAACACCAUCUGUCGAUGGACAAUCUCCAAAGAGCAGAUCAUCGGACAAAAGAUCCAAAGCUGAUGGAAAAGAACUAUCGGAUGAUGGAUGGGAAAUUUUUGACAAAGAUGCUGAAUUCUGAGUUUGUACAGUGAAGCUAUAUGAAUCGACGAUGCAUCAUAAAAAAAGGUUCCCGGGUAUUAAGAACAGUUACUAGACUGUUUUUUUAUCUAAAUAACCUCGACUUAGUUGCUAUUUCUAUAGCCAUAUAUAGCCAUUUUUCUGCAAACAUAUUAUAUCUCUGUUAGUGGGAAAUACUAUUGGCACAAAUUUUGAUCAGCAUUAAACACACAUAUAUAUAUGGAACGUGAGUACUUUAUUUUCUGUCUA